UUCCUAAGAAAACAGUUAAAAUCUGCAGCUUGAGUAUAUUUUCUCUUAAUUUUAAUGAAAAAGCAAAUGCUGGUCCUUUAAAUAUUUAAAUGAUUCUCCUUUGUUUCUGUUAAUCGUUCAGAAAAACAGCAGAAUUGUUUAAACAGAAAAGUUUACAUUUGAUGCAUGGAAAGCACUGAUUUUUCUGCACAAGUCUAUUUCUAUGUCUUGGCUGUACUAUGUAUUUGCAGGUCUUGCCUCACCUCCCAGCUGAAUCUUCCAGAUUCUAUUUUUUUCAAGAUCAGCAGAAUGAACACUUCUCAGGCAUCACUGUCAUUCAAGGAUGUGACUGUAGAGUUCACCCAGGAGGAGUGGUGCUACAUGGGCCCUUCUCAGAGGAUCUUGUACCGUGAUGUGAUGUUGGAAAACUACAGCAACCUUGCUUCAGUAGGACAUUGCUUUAUAAAACCAGAAAUGAUCAUCAGGUUGGAACAAGGAGAAGAUCGAUGGUUAUUAGAGCAUGAAUUUCUGAGCAGGAAUUAUCCACGUCUUCACAAAGAGAAGAGUCACUCUGAAUUUAUGGAAAAUGAAUGUAAUAAAAAUGAGAACUAUUUCAGUAUUACUGCUCAGCUUCUGAGAACUGAUACAGGAGAGCAAUCCAUGGGUGAAAAAGCACAUUGUAAAGACUAUUACCAAACUCACUCAAGAAUGAAAAUUCUUGAAUGUGGAGAAAAUCUCAUCUACAGUUCAGCCAUUACAGUACAACAAAGAACUCAUGCAAUGACAGAAUGCUGUGAGGACAAUGCAUAUAGGGAAAUUUUUACUUCUCAGCCAGCCUUCAAUAUAAUUCAUAAAACUGAUGGAAAGGAAGAACACUAUGAAUACAAUGAAUGCCAGAACUCCUUCUCUAAAGAGUUGUCAUUUAUUUUACAGCAAGCACACAUAGGUCUGAAUAUCUUUGAAUGUAGUCAUUGUGGGAAAACUUUUGCAUUUAAAUCAUCCCUAGCAGUACAUCAGAGAAUUCACACGGGAGAAACCCUAUGA